AUGGGGACCAGCACGAAAACGCGAGCAACGGACUGCUCCUGGUUUCUUUUGGCACUACUGCUGCUUUUCGGAAAACAGGCUUUGGCUCAGACAAGGUACUCUAUUCCAGAGGAGGUAGAAGAGGGAACUGUUGUUGGAAAUGUUGCGAAGGAUCUUGGCCUCGACAUCACUUCUUUGAAUGAUCGACGGUUCCGUGUCGUCUCUGAAAGUAAGGACCCUAUUUUUGAAAUCAACCAGAUCAAUGGGGCAUUGUACGUUCAAAAGCAUAUUGACAGAGAGGAGCUCUGUCAGGGGAGCGGUGCUUGUCUAAUAGAGCUAAAAAUCCUUGUUGAAAACCCUUUGGAAAUACACUAUGUAAUCGUAGAAAUCACUGAUGUAAAUGAUCAUUCUCCUGCUUUUCCUGAGAGAGAACAGAGAUUUGAAAUAGGUGAACAAACAUUACCAGGAAGGCGAUUUCAACUGCACACUGCUCGUGAUCCCGAUGCUGGAAUUAACUCUAUUCGUACAUACACUUUGACGUCAAAUGAGCAUUUUGAAGUAAAUAUUCGUGAAAGCGAUGCGGGUAAAAUACCAUUUUUAGUGCUGAAGAAAUCGUUAGACAGAGAACAAAAGGACAAACACACGCUGCUGGUUACAGCAGUUGAUGGAGGAAAACCUCAACGAUCAGGCACACUAAAUGUUUCUAUUAUUGUUCUGGACAGUAAUGAUAACCGUCCAAUGUUUAGUCAGGAGGUUUAUCAAAUUACAAUACAGGAAAAUGUUCCCAUCGAUACUUCAGUAUUUCAAAUGAAUGCAACUGAUUCCGAUGAAAGCAUCAACAGCGAAGUUGAAUACAGCCUUGGAAAAACCUUGAGGCAGAAAGUGUAUGAUAUUUUCGAGUUGGACAAAUUAACUGGAGAGAUUAGAAUAAAAGGUGCAGUGGACUAUGAAGAAAACGACGUAUACGAACUGGACGUUGAGGCAUCAGAUAAAGGGACACCUCCAUUAACCGGUGAGUGUAGAGUCAUUAUAAAGAUAUUAGACGUUAAUGAUAAUCCACCAGAAAUAGAAGUCACAUCGCUGUCAAAUACAGUGUCUGAAGACUCAAAGCCUGGAACAGUUAUUUCACUUAUUAGUGUGAAGGACAAAGAUUCCGGUGUCAAUGGAAAAAUUAUUUCGCACAUAUCCAACGACGUACCUUUUGAACUAAAGCCCUCUUACAAGGAAAACACGUACUCAGUUGUCACAAAGCGAUUUUUGGAUCGAGAGGAGGUGUCACAUUAUGAAAUAACAAUAAAAGCUACAGACUGUGGUGAACCUCCCUUAUCUACCUUUAAAACUUUGAGCAUCCAGAUAUCAGAUGUAAAUGACAACAGACCGCAAUUCUCUCAAAAUACCUUACAGUUUUAUCUGAUAGAAAAUAACGUAGCUGGAGCGUCGAUAUUCUCCGUGAGCGCAACGGACAAAGACUUAAAUGACAACGCAGUUAUUUCAUAUCACAUUGUGAGAGAAGGGAGCCAAAAUGAUAUAAUGUCUUUCCUCAACAUAAACUCUGAAAACGGAGACAUUUUGGCGCUAAAAAGUUUCGACUUUGAAACUCUGAAAACGUUCCAGUUCCAAGUUGUUGCCUCCGAUUCUGGAACUCCGUCACUGAGCAGCAACGUCACAGUGAACGUGUUCAUUCUGGAUCAGAACGACAACGCUCCAGUCAUCCUGUAUCCAGUCAGCUCUAACGGUUCUGCUGAAGGUGUGGAGGAGAUUCCCCGCAAUGUGAACGCAGGACACUUGGUGACUAAAGUCAGAGCCUAUGACGCUGAUAUAGGAUAUAACGGCUGGUUACUCUUUUCACUGCAGCAAGUCACUGACCACAGUCUCUUUGGUUUGGACCGCUAUACAGGACAGAUCAGAACACUUCGCUCCUUCACAGAGACAGACGAGGCUGAGCACAAACUGCUCAUACUGGUCAAAGACAAUGGGAACGUGUCGCUCUCAGCAACAGCUACUGUGGUGGUCAAACUUGUGGAGCCCAAA